AUGCUGUUACUCGCAGUAUUUCUUAUAAUACAAUCCUUAAGGAUACAUUCUUCAGUUGUUUCUUCUAAUGAUUUCUUGCCAUUAAUAUUACAAUAUGAUACAAAUGAAUUAAGUACCAAUGAUUUUGUACCUUUGGAUCCCGAAAGAGUGAAACGGGCUUCCGAUCCAGAUGAUCUUCCUAGUUAUACCAUUCCUCCUGAUUAUGAGGUUCAGGAAGACUCGAUUGAUCAUACUUACUACAUCAAAAGGUUUUACAAUAACACUGGAGAUCUAGAGAAACACUUCGUCAACGUCGACGAAAUGCUGAAGAAAAAAGGAGUAGUAGGAAACAGCAGUCAUCCUCUUCUCUCUGGGAGUUACAGGAGAGCUGUGGGAGCCAAAUUAACAUUUUCUUUUCCAUUCUACGGCCAUUAUAUGAAUAAUCUCACAAUUGCCACGGGGGGUUUCAUUUACAUCGGAGAUCAAACCCAUAAUUGGCUUGCUGCUACGCAAUACAUAGCUCCUUUAAUGGCGAACUUCGACACAAAUGUCACGGGUUCUAAUAUCAUUUUCGCUGAUGAUGGUGAGAAGUUCGUGGUCGAGUGGCGAAAAGUUCAACUGCGGGAACAAACUGAAGAAGGUCAAUUCACUUUCCAAGCUAUUUUACACAAAAAUGGAGACAUCGUUUAUGCCUAUAAGGAUAUUCCCAUGGAGCAUAUCGGAAAUAUUAGUGAUGCUAACCAUCCGGUUAAAGUUGGAAUUAGCGACGCUUAUCUCUUUAAGCACAUUGCUCCUAUAGGAUCUUCAACAUCGAACCCAAAACGAGUCAUUUAUGAGUAUCAUAGAAUCGAAAUACCUUCUUCCGAAGUAAAAUCUGAUGUUGUCAUAUUUUUAGAAGCACAGCCAACAUGUAUUGGCUUAAAAACAUGUGAAAAAUGUACAAACACAACUUUAAAAUAUUUUCAUUGCUCCUGGUGUAAUGGAGAUAGUGGAUCUUUCUGUACGGAUGAAGCUGGACUACACCGUCGUCGACAAGAUUGGAUUGAAGCGAAGUGCCAACUUAAUAGUAAGAGCGAUGUAUGCUCCUCUGAUGAUUCGGCGAAACUCCGAGUUUAUGAUAACAUGGAUGCUCCAACGAUUGCUAGAAAUCGAAUGCAUAAUACAGUUGAAACGCAAAAUAACGGGGUAGCGGGUCUUGUGUUUUUCUUGGGUUUAGCAUUGUGUGCCAUUGGUUGGGUAACUUAUGCCUAUUACAAUCCUCAUACAACAAGUGGUCAAUUUUUAAUCAAAUAUCGUCCUUCACGCUGGCACGUACCAAAUAGUCAUGUAAGAUAUAGCGCCUCUUCUGUGCACAUGUAA